GGAUGGCGACCGACCCGGUGGAGGCUCGGGGCUCGGCUCCCGGAUGUUGGCUGUUGCACCUCGCUCCCGUAGGUGCCAGCCACAGGCGGAAACGCAGGACCGCCGGACUGUCAGUCUGCUUGUUACAGACAGGAAGGAAAUGCAGGAGCGACUGCUGUCAGUCGCUCCUGUAUUACUGUAAUUCUGCGACCGAGAUGAGGUUCUUGUGCGCUGUGAUCGCCUUAAGGCCAGGAGCUUAGACGCACGAUGGGUAGAUGGAACGAUAACAGAUCUAUGUGUGGAUCGUGCGAUGGCCAGAUAGAUCUUUUAUGGAUCUCUCUUUCCAUCGUGCGUCUCUGUUACGUUGCGUUGCCUGAGCGAUCGAUUGGAAGCCAGGCAGGAAGGAAGACGGACAGCAAGAAAGCAAGAACGAAGGAAAGAAUCGAACGCAUUCCGAUUGUUUCGACGACGAAGGAAGGAGAGCUCGUCGAAUACAAGACUGUUCUUCUGCCUUCUUCGUCUGUGAAAUGCGAGCACCAGGUAGCUCGAUUAGAGGUUUUAGUUACUAGUUGAGCGAACGAGUCCUGCGAAGGGCAAUGCAGAGCCAGGAGGAGGAGGCCUCCGGCGAGGUGAUAAAUCGGUCGACGACGAUCGUACCAUGCUGCUGUUGAUCUGCUGAUUUGAAUCUGCACAGCGCCGCGCAGCGAGCUCGGAGUCUUUGUCCUUGUUGUCCUUCUCGUCGUGCUACGUAAGAUGUAGGAGCAAGAGGAGGAGGAUGCACGAGGUGCUGCCGCGCCAAUCCGCAUAGACGUUGCAGUCGGCCGGACGGGGCAGCACGGCCAGGCGCCGGCGGGAGGAGUGCUGCUGCUGCUGCUGCCGUCUUGCGUCUUGCCUCGAUGGCUGGAGGCGGUGGCGCGUCGCUGCGAGAGCUGUCUUCGCUGUUGGCCGGCAAUGCAGAGCUCGCGGCUGAAAAGCUCGGCGUAAUCCUGUGUCAGUGUCCCCCGUCGGGUUCGCUGCAUGAUGGAUCCACUCGCCUUCACCCCCGGCAACUCAGUGCCAUUCUUGCUGUGGCUCAGUUUCUCUCGCAAUCGAGUUCGUCUGCUGAGGAAAUUCAAAUGGAUCUUUGGCAUGUCAUUCUGGAGUUUCUUCGCACAAUUCCUUAUUAUGGUCAAGAUGAUAUCUGGUCAUCGGCAUUUAGCUCGCUCUGGGCGACUGCUUUUUUUAAAGACUUCAUGCUCGCCGUGGUGAAAUUCACUAAGUCGAGGGCGGUGCUCGCUGCAGAACUUAGCACUAUUAUAGCUGACAUUAUCCAGAAGAUCACCGCGCUGUCGAAUCGGGAGGUCAGCGCACCAAUUGCUCCAGGAGUAAAGUUUUUCCUCGUUGCUCUCUCUGAGAAUUGUCCUCAUCUGUCCGCCGAUGAUGUCGAGAGAGUGAUCAAGGCCCUGCUGGAGCAAUGGGCUGUGAACUUUCAACCGGGAAACACUCAGCCUUCAUCCUCUGACACUUCUUAUCACAGCUCACCUUCCAUGUCAAAGAAAUCUCACCAACACACGCCACAGUCCAACGGAACUUCCAGUCCUUACAAGGACUCCCAAAGCACUCCCCCUCAAUAUAACUCAAUCAAUGUACACGGGCUGGUGUCUAGGUACGAGCAUCAGUUAGAUCCAAGCCCUACUACAUCAACUUCUACAAUUCUUACCAACGCGUCCACACCAUCCAAAUUGGUCGAAGAUCAUGUAACCAGUAGGUCCGGACAAUUGAACGGAAGUGGAAGGGGCGGCCUUGACUACUUUUAUAAUGCUCAGCCGGAAGUUCAAGGAGAACGAGGAUCCAGCAUGCGUCUGCAAGGAAAUGCUCUGGAAGGAGAAUCUUUGUACGUCUUAGAAAGGCAAGAAAUUGCUUUUAGAUUGGUCUCACAUAUACUGGAAAAAGCAGAUGGAGAUCGAGUGGUCAGCGACCUCGUGCAGUUGAGAAAUUCGGCUGUACUGCAGCUCAAAGGAGUUCUGCCUCUACUCAAGGGUAGAAGACAGGAUUGGCCCGCUGAUGGGGAGGACCUGAAGAUCAAAUUGGAAUUAAAGAUUCGAGCUUCUCAUGGAGCAACAGUUUUGAAGACCAGAUGUAUCUUGCUAUCGGAAUCCGACGAGAAGACUAAAGGUUCUUUGCGAGAGAGUUUUCCGCUGUUGUUGGAUGCGGCAGACGUUUGCCUUGCGUCUCCAUGGAGGAAGUUAAGGUCUUGUGAAGAAUUGUUUGACGCCUUGCUUAGUGGUGUGGCACAAGUCGCUAUUGUGCUUGGCAAUCAGAUACAACGAUCAGUACUUCUUCGACUCAAGUCUGUCAUUUUGGGAACAUGUGCUCAGGCGGAAACUUGGGGUACUGGCCAGUCUUUUGUGUACGAAAGCAUGCUGAAAUCCAGUUGUCUGCUUCUUGAAACGGCCUGGAAUUCUGACAAAUCGUCAGUGGAAUCCUUUCUCUUAUCGUUGGCCGCACACAUUCGGGAGCGCGUGGAACAUGGUGAGAAGGAAAGACAUGUUAUAUACAUACAAACAAACUUGAUCUCCUUUCUAGCUGAUUUGGCCACGAGGUUCAGUAAACGGGAGAUGGGGGAAAUCAUACUGCCCCAGUUUGUUGAAAGUUUAGAACAGGCAGAUACCUCUGUUCCUGGGUUAUUACGGCUCAAGUUGAUAGAAGCUUUAGCUCGUAUUGGGAGCUCGGGCUGUGAGAAAUCGUACCGAGAGGUUGUCAUACUGUUAACUAGGAGUUACCUGGACAAAGUAACAUCUGUUGAUGCAACUUAUACAAGGGCUCAACCUACAGAGGGAACCACUGAACAUCUCGAUACUUUGGCAGGUGCUCUGCUCCAACUCGCACGGGGCCUUCAACAACCACCUAAGCUAAGAGCUGAUCUUAGAGAACGAUUGCUGAAUUUGUGCUCGAACGUGGGUCUUGCUGCUGAGGCCAAAAAUGGCAGGAUUGGUGCAGAUUUUCUAGGGCCCCUAUUACCUGCAGUUGCAGAGAUCUGCACUGAUUUCGAUCCAACUCAAGAUGUAGAACCAGCAAUGUUGAAGAUGUAUCGUAAUUUGUGGUUCUACAUUGCCCUCUUUGGCUUAGCUCCUCCGGUACAAAAACAACAACAGCUCUCUUUGAGACAAAUAUCGAAUCAGGCCGGAAAUAUUAGCUCAACUCAUUCAAGUCUCAUGGCACUGCAAGCUGUUGGAGGGACCUAUAUGUGGAACUCUCAAUGGUCCGCAGCGGCUACGCUUAUCACACACGGAACACCUCCUCUCGUGGUGAGUUCAGUAAAAUGGUUGGAAGAUGAACAUGAGUUGAAGGCUCUUCACAAGCCUGACAGCCGCAGAGGAGCUGGAAGUGAGAAAGCGGCAACAACUCAACGGGCUGCACUGUCCGCAGCAAUUGGAGGAUUGGUUGACGCAUCUGCCAUGAGUACUAUAUCAGGUGUGAAGGCUACGUAUCUUCUGGCGGUCGCAUUUUUGGAAAUACUGCGUUUAAGCCAUUGCGGAGGUGUACUUGGCAGUAGUAGUCUGAAAGGAGGGUGUACGACUGCUUUGACCUGUGCAUUUAAAUAUCUGGAGAGCCCAGACUUGCCACUUGCAGUUCAGCAAUGCUUGGCAGCGAUAGUUCAUCAAGCAUUUAACGCUGCCCUAUCAUGGCUGGGAGAGAGGACUUUGCUUACUGAGGAGCAAGCUGCCGAGCGAGAAGCUAUUGUGGCCGCUCAUACAUGUUUUCUAAUCAAAGCGGUCGCUCAUCGCGAGGAAAAUGUUCGUGACAUGGCCGAUAGUCUUCUGAAUCAGAUAAAGACAAGGUUUCCACAGGUCCUUUGGAAUCCUCAAUGUUUAGAUGAGGUGCUGCGAUUGGCUGCUGAGUUUGGUGCUGAUGCUGGGGCACCCGCCUCUUCGCGAGGACUUUGGAAUCAAAGAGUUAGAGAGUGGAUAGCUUAUGCUAUUGUACUGGCUCCUUGUACUGUACAAGGACUUCUUCAGGAACAAUUUCGGAAGUUGAACACUUGGCAGAAAGCAGCACAGACGAGUGAUCUUCUGUCUCUGCUCUCCGAUGUUCGACUAGAUUCUUCCAAGACUGAUGGUUGGUCUGGUAACAUCAAUUUACCGGCUGUGCUUGCCGCUGCAGCGGCAGCUGCAGGAGCUAGUCCUCAGUCUUCCAAAGUUGGAAGUACGGAGGUGCUUUCUACUGGUAUCAUUAGUGCAAACAUAAAGUCCAACUAUGCAGGAGAAAUAGCAGGCAUGAAGAAGCUCUAUGCCGGUAUGGGUGCCAUGAAUCUUGGAACUGUUUCAACUAAUGCCAAGCCUCAAGUGCAAGGGGAGGACACAACUUUACAUGAGAUGUUAACUACAAGAUUCGUGCAGCUGCUUCAGCAGUUUGUAGUUACCGCCGAAAGGGGAUCAAUAGUGGAUUCGGCUGCUUUCCGUGAGGCUUGCUUAAGGGGAGCUGCUCUUCUUCUCUCUGACACUGAUCAUAUUGAGAACGCUGUAUCAGAAGGAUUCGAUCAGCUCCUACGUCUCCUCUGUUGGUGUCCUGCUCAUAUUUUUACUCCCGAAACAAUGGAGACUGGUGUAUUUGUAUGGACUUGGCUUCUGACAGCUUCACCGAAACUUGGUUCACGCGUCCUCUCGGAGUUGGUUGAUGCAUGGCUUUGGACAGUAGACACCAAGAAAGGACUAUUUGCAUCUGGAAUAGAGAACUCUGGCCCUGCAGCAAAGCUGCGACCUCAGCUGACGACUGGAGUUCCAGGUCCAUGUGACGACAAGGAACUCGUUCAGGGAAUUACAGCCCAUCAAGUUUGGCUGGGAUUUCUGCUUGAUCGAUUUGAGGUGGUGAGAAAUGUCAGUAGCGACCAGCUCUAUCUUAUGAGUCGGUUGCUUCAAGGCUCUGUCAAAUCACCAACACAAUUCUCAAGCCAUCCCGCGGCCACUGGCAGCUUUUUCACUCUUAUUCUACUAAGCCUCAAAUUUUGUGCAUUUCAAGCACAAGUGUCUUCUGGUGUUAGUAAUACAGGAAUAUGCUUACUUGAAAAGCGUUCUUACAGAGCUGCCCUGGGGUGGUUUGCUGUUGAGCCAGGAUGGUAUGAUGGAAACGUCGAAGGUGUACUACAAGCUGAGGCAAAGGCUAUGGGAAUAUUUGUGCAGUACCUGAUGUCGAAUAGGCCACAAGGCAGUGCCAACAUCGAAGGGUCUUUUAGACACACUCAGGAAAAUCCCUUUUCAGACAGUGUACAGGGAGACUCACAGCAUUCUUGGGGAAGGGAUGAAGACUAUUUUGAUCGGGAGAGACAACGACAGCUUUUGCUUAUGCUUUGUCAAUGUGAAGCAGAUAGGCUGGAAACAUGGGCUAACCCGUUAAUGAAGGAGUCGUCAGCUCCUCGUAUCAAAGUUACUGCAGACCAAUGGAUAGAGUAUGUAAGGACGGCAUGGUCUGUUGAUCCGCGAAUUGCUCUGUCUCUUGUUUCUAGAUUUCCAACUGUAAGCCCGGUGAAGGUGGAGGUUACCUCAAUGGUUCAGAAACACUUAUUGGACCUUGUUCACAUUCCAGAAGCUCUUCCGUACUUUGUCACACCCAAGGCCGUCGAUGAAGACUCUGUCGUUUUGAGGAACUUGUUACACUGGGCUCCUUGUUCAAUCACUCGUGCUCUACAGUUUUUGACUCCAGAUUAUAAGGGACAUCAUCGUGUUAUGGCUUAUGUGCUUCGUGUCAUGGAGACAUAUCCACCCGAGAGAGUAACGUUUUUCAUGCCUCAACUUGUACAGUCUCUACGAUAUGACCAAAAGGGUCUUGUUGAGGGCUACUUGAUGGUUGCGGCGCAGAGGAGCAAUCUAUUUGCACACAUACUUAUUUGGCAACUCCAGGGAGAGGAGCGUCCAAGUUCGGAGGAAGCUGCCUUCGGAGAAGCUGAGAAUACUGAAGGAAAUCUUUACGAUAUCGUUCCAAAGGUCAGACAGCGCAUCAUUGACAGUUUCACCCCUGAGGCGAAUGAUGUCUUCUUACGUGAGUUUGAUUUCUUCGCCAAGGUUACUUCAAUCUCAGGUGUUUUAUACCCUCUACCGAAAGAUGAGCGCAGGGCAGGUAUUAAAAGAGAGUUGGAGAAAAUCACUAUUCCCGGUCAAGAUUUGUAUCUGCCAACUGCCCCGAAUAAAUACGUUCGAGGCAUUCAACUUGAUAGUGGAAUUCCUCUGCAGUCAGCUGCCAAAGUUCCAAUUAUGAUAACUUUUGAUGUAGUGGACAAGGAUGGUGAUCCUAAUAACUUAAAACCGCAGGCGUGUAUCUUCAAGGUUGGAGAUGAUUGCCGGCAGGACGUUCUUGCCCUCCAAGUUAUUGCUCUCCUCAGAGAUAUCUUCACAGCGGUUGGAAUCAACCUUUAUCUUUUCCCAUAUGGUGUUCUUCCAACUGGAUUUGGCAGGGGAAUUAUCGAGGUUGUUCCAAAUACACGAAGUCGAAACCAGAUGGGGGAGAUCUCAGAUGGUGGACUGUAUGAGAUUUUCCAGGACGACUUCGGACCAGUUGGUUCUCCAAAGUUCGAAGAAGCGAGGGAAAAUUUUAUCGUCAGCAGUGCUGGCUAUGCUGUGGCUAGUCUCCUGCUCCAACCCAAAGAUCGGCAUAACGGAAACCUUCUUUUUGAUAAAGAUGGAAGACUUGUGCACAUCGACUUUGGGUUCAUAUUGGAGACCUCGCCAGGAAAUAACAUGAGGUUCGAAAGUGCCCAUUUCAAGCUGAGCCACGAGAUGACGCAGCUUCUUGAUCCGUCAGGAGCUAUGAAAAGCGACUACUGGUACCGAUUUGUUAGCUUGUGCGUCAAAGGAUAUCUGACUGCAAGACAACAUAUGGACGGAAUAAUCAACACAGUGCUCCUUAUGAAGGACAGCGGGCUCCCAUGUUUCAGUCGUGGUGACCCUAUUGGCAACUUGCGGAAGCGUUUUCACCCAGAAAUGACGGAGAGAGAGGCAGCCAACUACAUGAUCAAGACAUGCGGAGAUGCAUACAACAAGUGGACAACAGCGGGUUACGAUCUUAUUCAAUUUCUGCAACAAGGAAUCGAAAAAUGAGGCCAACCUCCUGGGAUUAAAACUUUAUCCCUUCGGUGGUCAAGGCUGGUCUCUUGCGUGCAGACUGUAGGUACCAAACUUCAGAAAGUCACGCGCAUCCGCAGCGAUCGUCUUAGAACAAUUUUGUAUCAUUUAAAUUUUUUGCCAGUAGGUAACACUAUGGUCAAUGUUGAAUAUGCUAGGAAGCCCACAGAAGUUUCAGCUCCUUUACUCUGAACUAGAUGCGUACGACCAUAUUUAUGAUCCGAGCUGCUAAUAAACAUAGGACUCCCAUUUAUUGUUGGUCUCUUUUAUUAGAUGGCCGACCUAGGUACUGUAGUUUAAAGGUCAGGUAUUUUACACGAGUGGAAGUUUCACCACCUGUAGAUGUCUCUUACGUACUAUAUAUCUUUGAGCACCGCUUCAAUGUGUUUAGAAUU